UCGAAUCUCCAUAUUUUAUUUUUUUAAUAAAAAUACAGAACUUUUGUCCAAAUUUUGUAACAACAAAUAUACACACAUCUUUUAAAGGUUUCUAAAACAAUUUAUUAUUUAUUGUAUUUCAAAGAAACAUCUUUGCCUAUGAAUGAAACAAAUCAUCCAUUUUUAGUGGGCUCAAGAGGUUUAACGGGAUCAUCAUCGUUUUCUCAAGCUUCAGAAAUCAGAACAUCAGCGGCACCAUUUUCAUCUACAGGAGCUACGCGUAGAAUAUUUACACCAAUUCAAGACAUAUCAGAUACAUCAGAAAAAAAAACAGGAAAACUGAGGCUUUCAUUUGUAACAGCAAGCGAUCAAGAAAAAUUUGAAGAGUUGUUUAGAUCAGCUGUUGGUGAUAGCAUUGUAAUUAGCGGGGAAAUUGCAAAAUCUAUUAUGUCUAAAUCAUGUCUUACACCAUCAGUUCUUUCAAAAAUAUGGGAGCACGCAGAUACAACUAAAUCAGGACAGUUGAUGAUGCCCGAAUUUGUUUUGGCAAUGCAUUUGUGUAAUAUGGCAAUGUCAGGAAAAAGUGUACCAGAUAAAAUUCCAGAUGUAAUUUACGAUGAAGUAUUUGAUGUAGUUUCAUCAAUUUUACUUUCAGUACCAGAUUCAGUACCAUCUAAUAUAAAUACAACAAAUUUGAAAACAGUUUCUACAUCUCAGCAUACAGCUUCAUCUUUGCCAACUACUCAAACAGUAAAACCGCUACAGAUGUCACAAACAUCUGUAGUGGCACAAGCAGGAGGACCCCAGACACAUUUUUUACAACUACCAACGAAUUUUCAGUCUUUUUCAUCUUCAUCAAAUGUUCGACCUCCAGUACACCAUACACCACUACAUUAUAUGGAAUCUGUAGAGCCAUCACUUACAGGGGUUCUAAAUUAUCCUGCACAAUUUAAAAAUAUAGUAUCUCAAGAACAAUGGGGAAUAAUAGAUAGAAAUCAAGGAAAACUAUCUGGAAUAGAUGCAUUACAAUCACAAUUAAUGCCUCGAAAAGGAAAAGAAGGAUUUUCAGCAUUAAAUUUACAUGCAAAUACUCAAUUAACAUGGGCUAUAACAAAAGAAGAAAAACAAGUAUACGAUAAUAUAUUUAAGGCAUGGGAUGGUUAUAACAUAGGCUUUAUCAAUGGACAAACAGCUGUUGAAAUAUUUAGUCAAAGUGGCCUUUCAAAGAAAGAUCUAGAAUUAAUAUGGAAUUUAGCUGACUCUGAUAAUUCCGGGAAACUAAAUAUUGAUGAAUUCUCUAUAGCUCUUCAUUUAAUAUAUCGCAAAUUAAACGGCUACGAAAUACCCCUAGAGCUUCCACAAGAACUUAUGUUACAAUCAUCAAAAAAUUUCUCAGAAUCAGUCAAUCAAGUCAAAUCACUUCUACGUGACUUUAAUUCUCAACAAAAACAAUCUUUUUCACCAAAUGUUACAGAUUAUAUGAAAUCUUCUUCUCCAUUUAUCAAUGAUCCUUUCCAGUUGUAUCGUAAAGAAACAUCAACGUAUAAAUACGAUGAUAAUAAAAUAGGAUAUAUUCCUGUUUCUCGUCGAAAAGAACCUUUAAAAGAUUUUGAUUCACCUUUUAUACAUACAGAGCAGAAAGAACUACUUGUCCAAUCAAACAAAAAUAUUAAAAAUAAAGAAGGAAAUUUAGAUAUAACUAAUAUUCAAAAUGAAAAACAUGAAUUAAAAAUUAAAAACGAAAUAAAACAUCUCUAUCGUCAAAUUCGUUAUAUACAAGAGGAGAUUGAUAAUCAUCCAGAAUCAUCAUUAUUAUUAUAUGAUUUAGAAGAGGAACAUAAAACUCUUACAGAAGAAUUGCAAGAUUUAUCUGAAGAGCUUCCAAGUAUUAUUUCUAAAAUUCGAAAAGUCGAGCAGGAAAUUGCAAACGCAAAGAUUGAGCUUUUUAAAUUACGUGAUGCUAAAAAUCAUCCAGACUCAGCUGAAAAAUUUAAAAAUAACAAAACAGCCAAUACAGAUAAAAGGGAAACAAAAACAGCGGUAAUAUUAAAAGCCCAAAUGGCAAUUCUUACAGGGAAAUCAACAUUAUUAGAAGAUAAUGAUUAUGAAAAACGUUAUACUGAAGCAUUAUUUCAUAUAAAUAAAGAAAGACAAUCCAAUGAGAAUACAAUAUCUAAUAUUGAAGAAAGUGCUGAACAGUUAAAAAACGAUUUAAAAUCUAAACUCAAAGAUUUUCAGGACAAAUUUUUACAGAAUAAUUAUGAACGAAAAAAAUGGAAUAAAGGAAUUGAUAUUCAAAAUGAAGAAGUUAGAAAAUUUAUUCUUGAUUUAGAGAAAACACGCGAAUCUCAAGAAAAAAAAGAUUUAGAUCAUUUUAAAAAGAAUCAAUUCUUAGAUACUUCUAUAGAACAAUCAAAAGUUAAUCCUUCAAAGACAGAAUAUUCCGAGUUUACAUAUAAAAAUGAUACCGCAAAUGCCUUUAUUUCUAUUGAUAAAAAUAAAGAUAAAGCAGCAUGGAUUAAAGCAGAAGCAGAACGUCGUAUGAAUGAACGCCUGGCAGAAAUGGGUAUUGAGCCCUAUAAAAGAUCAUCAAGGUCUGAUAACUUUUUAACUAUUAAUAAAACACAAAUAAAUGAUAUAAAAGAAACAGAGAAAAAGAAAGAAAAUAAAGAGCUUGAAAAAGAUACAGAAAAUUCAUUGGGGAUUAAUAAAUUUAAAAAGAUAGACAUGUAUCAAGCUCAACAAAAUUUAACUGAAGAUAGUGCAUUAGAUCAACAAUCAGAAAUAUUAAAUGAAGCAUUCCAAAAAGAAAAAGAGCUACUUUCAGAAAAAGAAGCUCAGGAAGAACGUAUAAAAAAACUUAAAGUUAUAAAACUUAAGAACGUAGAAAAAGCGUAUGAAAUAAAAAGAAGAGAAAAAAAACAUGAUUUGUUUGAAAAAGAAAAAAAAUUACGUAAAUUGAAAGAAGAGAUGGAAAACAAAAAACAAGAAGAACUAUUGCUUCAACGCAAACAAGCUGAAAUGGAGGAAGAAAUAAAAAAACUUUCUUUAGAAAAUGAAAAAUAUGAAAUAGAAGAAAAUAAGAAUAAAUUAAAAGCUGAUUCAAUACAAACGCAACAUAUAUCUAGAACUAAUCCAUUUCUUCAAUUUAGCACUUCAGAAUCAUUUACAUCUUUAAAUAAGCCAAAUAAUCCAUUUUCAAACAUGCAAAGUCAUAACAAAUCCAAUUCUUCUUUAAACACUUUAUAUACAACAUCAAGUGUGCAACUUUGUUCAUCACCACCAAUAAUAUCAGUAUUAAAAGCAUCUCAUUCAGAUUGUCAAACAGAUUCAAAUAACUGGUCUACAUCUCAAUAUACAUACGAGAGUGAUAGUAGUGACGAUAGUGUCAUUGCUAAAAAGAGCCCUGCUCAACUUGCAUCUAUUCUAUUUGGAAACAUCGAGGCAAACAAAAAAUCUCCACAAGCAUCUAAAAGUGAUAUAUCCAAAUCGCCAAUAACAAAACUAGAUAUGUCUCCUUCACCUUUACCAACUCCACCUCCUUUGCCGACAAACAUAAAUUCAUCUUCUAUUGUUAAUAGACAUGCAUUACUAAAUCAAAUUCAAAAAGGCACUAAACUCAAAAAAACACCAACUAUUCAUCCACGUUCUUCUAGUAUUGUGGGAAAAGUUUUAUAAAUAUUAUUUAUAUUUUACUACUUUUUCUCAUAUUCAUUUUUACUAUAA